AUGGAUCCAGCGACUCAGAAGGCUGAACAACGCUUCAGGUCUCUCGCAUGGUGUGCGGCCCUUCUUGACCGGCCUGGGACUACCAUCUUCACCCCAAGUUGUCGUUUGGUGGAUGCUACGGGGCUCCCUGCUUCGCAAGAUCAGAUUUUGCGGAAAACACUCAACAAUUCAGAUGCGGUGCCCCAUUGCCUUGGGUUCUAUCAAGAUCCAGCUAGCAGUUCCGAACCAGGAACACCAACAUCUGCUGCAAACCCAAGGUUGCUUAUCAACUCAUCGUCCAUAAUUUUUGACCUGCAACCCGGUGUCAACGGCUACCACGGUUCAACGCAUGGCGGUUUUAUGGCCGUGCUUAUAGAUGAUUCCAUGGGCGGUCUGCUAUAUCACAACUUCGUGCUCCAGAUGCAAAAGCAACAGGAGCACGACUGGAAUCCGCCACCGGGAACGCUGGACUUGAGCAAGAUUCAGUACUUCACCGCGGGUAUGAACAUGCGCCUGGAGAAGCCUUUGAAAACUCCAGCUGUGGUCGUGGUGACUUCUACGCUGAACAGAGUCGAAGGUCGCAAGAUGUAUUUGGAUGUCGCGGUUGAGGAUGGCAAUGGUAAAAAGUAUGCCACUUGUGAGGGUCUUUGGAUGUCGCUCCCUACCCCAAAGAUUUAA